GCGACGGCACAGCCUCUUGCUGCAUACGCCUCGAUGAAGCGGCCGCCUGUGGAUCUCGCCGUCCUCCAGGAUACAAACGGCAGGGACGCCAUCAGACCCCUCUCUUUCUCAGACGCAGACCCCCACCUCCUCGUGGCUCCAUCUCCUCCUCGCAUGUGAGCACGCUCCAUCUUUAGAGGAGGAGUAAAGAGAUUGGUGUUUGGCGGGAGACGAGCGCCAGAUGGACAUUUGAAGAAAAGGCUCAGUCAGGAGCCUUAAUCCAAAGUGGGAUCAUGACCCGUCGCCUGAGCAGCUCCGCCCGGUCCCACACCGAGGACUCCAUCUUCCUGAGGCCCGAUGAGGACCCCGUUUGGCUGGAUGAGCCCACAAAGACGGGAAAAAUCAAGAGCGGCAGGAAAGACGCCCAAGGAGAGGAAGUGUUUUUGCACAAAGUGUUCACGCUGGUGGUGGAGUUCCACUGCUGGGCAGCCCUCCUCGUCAUCUCCCAAGUCACGGUCUACUGGAUGUUCUUUGUGGUGGAAGGAAACGGGCCGUUUGCCUCCGCCUAUAAAGCUCUCCAGGUCAUCGACUUCUACCUGAGUUUCGUCUUACACUGCCACCCCAUAUUUGGAAUGGACUCCGUGGUGCUGAGGGACGUGAUGAACACCACGCAGCAAGCCUGGAUCAUCUACGCCACUGCAGGCAUUGGCGUGACCAUCUCUGUUUUUAUGGUCAUCCACAUGGCGUGGAGGUGGCGCUACGGCACUGGCUUGUGGUCAUCCGGCACCGUGUCACGGGACAACGGGGAUCGCCGGCAGUCUGUGAGCCGCCAGCCCUCCUUCACCCUUUCAGAGUGGACCGACGCCCAGGAGGACCUGAUGGACCUGGACCGUGUACCGCAGACUCCGGUCUUUGAAACGGGAAGCGACAACAAGCCAGAAGGAGACGCCAUCACUCUCACUGUCACACCGGUGGGGCUGCAGGAGAGGAGGGGCUCCAAUGUUUCCCUGACCUUGGAUAUGUGUACGCCGGGAUGCACGGAACCUUAUGGCUACGGAGCCCAGCUUUCCCCCAGAGACCAGUCAGCCCAGGAGUACCUCCGGCAGGGAUCACACCUCCUAACCCCCGCCAUGCUGCACACCCGGGCCAUGGAUGACCAGAGCCUGCAGGCUGAAUUUUACGAGACCCCCAUGAACUUUGUGGACCCCAAGGAGUACAACUACCCAGGCCUUGUGAGAAAGAACCGCUACAAAACCAUCUUACCCAACACCCACAGCAGAGUGAUCCUACAGUCCCAGGAUGAAGACGACUUCCUCGCCACUUACAUCAAUGCCAAUUAUCUCAAAGGUUACGGGGGUGAAGAGCGGGCAUACAUUGCAACCCAGGGCCCGACAGUAAACACAGUGGGGGACUUCUGGAGGAUGGUGUGGCAGGAGAAGACCCCAAUCAUUGUCAUGAUCACCAACUUGGAAGAGAAAAACGAGAAAUGUGCCGAGUACUGGCCUGAGGACACUGUGACCCACGAGGGGAUCCAAAUCACCGUUGUGACGGUGACGCAGGAGGACGACUACAGUCUGAGGGUUUUUACUUUGAAGUGUGACGACGAGGAGCGGGGUUUGCGUCAGUAUUGGUACACCUCAUGGCCGGACCAGAAGACCCCGGACAAAGCCCCGCCUCUUCUGGAACUGGUGCUGGAGGUGGAAAAAGCCAGAGAGGAGGCCCCGCCCACUAGCGGCCCGAUGAUUGUGCACUGCAGCGCUGGAAUCGGCCGGACGGGCUGCUUCAUCGCCACCUCCAUCCUGUGCAAGCAGCUGAGGGUGGAGCGUGUGCUGGACAUCCUGGGGACCACCUGUCAACUGCGUCUGGACAGGGGUGGGAUGAUCCAGACGUGCGAGCAGUACCAGUUUGUGCAUCACGUUCUCAGCCUCUAUGAGAAGCAGCUGUCUCACGCCUCCGAAGAGUAGUGCGUGCACGCCGGCCACGCCCACACCGAGACACACCACUGUACACCGCGCCGCCUCUGGUGGUAUACGCACCACCGUACCCAGUAUCAUCUCAGUGUCGCCCUUUAAUGAAGGGACGCUUCCAUUCACACGUGUUCAUCCAGUAUGGAAGCCCGUUUCCUACCCAACGGUAAGUCCCAAUUAGGGGAUAAAAAGUCCCGUUUAAGAGAUGAAAAAUCCAAAUUCUCAAGUUAACAUUGCGCAGUUUGGAUCUCAUCGUUUUGGACUUUUUGUCUCGUAAGUACGACUUCUCACAUCCUAGUUUAUACUUUUGAUCUCGUAUUUCUGACUGACUGUUGGGACUGCUGUUCUUCUCCUUCGGUGUCCAAAACCGGCUUCCACCCGCAGUCCACAACCCCCAAAUGUUGGUAUUUGCACAUCUCAGGCCACCAGUCCAGGGUGGACCCCGCCUCUCGCCCCAAGUCAGCUGGGAUAGGCUCCAGCGUACCCCGUGACGCUAAUGAGGAUUAAGCGGCAUAGAAAAGAAGCAAUGUUGGGGAUGCUGGGACGACUGUAAUUGGAUUUACGUGAUUUCUUGGGGAAUGUUUGAUUUGAGUGUGACCUUUGGAACGAACGAAAGCCGCUAACCGAGGUUCCAUGAAGCACUGCGGUCAACCAAUACGGAUUCAGUUGGAUGUUUUUAGGCUGUUUUUUUGACCUACGAUGCAUUCAGGAGCCACUUCAUCUCCAGGUUGCAUGGUGCUAAGUGUUCCUUCAAGGCGUGUGCAAUGGAACGUGUGUUCCGGAACGUAGGAAUGUAAAGCAGUUAGGUGAGGACUGAAGUCAUUGGAAUAUCUAGCGUCUGCUAAGUUCUACCAUGCUGCCCGGGCUCUUCUCAUGGCUCACCGUGUUUACGAGAAACACCUUCCUGUGUUCGGUCCACCUCCACCGACUGCCAGAGGCUUCCCAGAGCCCGAUGCUCCUGUCAGUGUCCCAUUUGGAUCUCUCAAUUGUAGCUUCAGCACAUCCGUGAAGACCGUGAUCGUUGUAGAGAAGGUCCAGCCUAACCCGUAUGAAGCACAAUAGAACAACCCAGGUUGUCCCUCCUACGUUUAGCUGUACAGCUUUUGGUUUCUCUUUUUCCUGCUAUCAUUUAAUGGACUGCAUGUGCUGUAUGGGACGCCAUGUCCGCAAUCAACGUGAUUGGUUGUUCUGCUUUUUGUUGUGUCAACGGCUUUAAAGCCCAAUAUAUUACUGCUUGCUCUCGGCCGAUGCUUUUUAUACACUUUGCUUUUUGUGAAAACCAACCAGAGAUAUUUUUAGAACAUUUUGAUACAAUCCUUUUGUGUAGAUGCCUCGUGUACAUCCCAUCUCCAUCUCCGCCAUGAUGUGGACUAAGUAGCUCAUACUGUGGAUGCACACCAUCUGUUUAUGUUGCAAGAUUGGACUCCAAUGUGGCUCCCUUGGCGGGUACACCAGAAGAGAUUGUGUUCAGCAUCAGUAGUAUUAUGCUAUGCUUUAAAAUGCCUUGCUAGAAUGUGUAUGUUUUUCCUGUUUUCUUGGACCUCAGACUGAGUAAUGCGGUCUCCACUGUUCUCCACCUUCGACUGGCAUGAAUAGCCAUUGCUACGUGCAAGGCAGCUAAAUCCGUGAAGACCAAUAAUCCAACCAGCAGCAUUACCAGGCAGUACAACUGACUCAAGCAUCUGUACUUUGCUUGUUUUUCAUUCUGACAAUUGGCCGAUAGCAACCCAGUCAAAACCCAACAAACCAGCAAUCAGUAUUCCUGUCCUGCUACAGUAUUGCUUUAAGUUGUGAGUUUUUGCAUUCAAAUAAAAGUAGAUUUUCAUGAA